UUUUUGGGCGGAACUCGUAGACAAACAAUCCUGAAAUAAAACCCCAAAGUCUUGUGUUAAACCCUAGCAGCUCAUCACUUUGUCGUCUCCACUUGUAAACCCCCCUUUCCGAGUUCUCAAGCGAUGGCUGCCAUGGAUAUCGAAGAAGAUGAGAUGUCGCGGCAAGUACAAGUACGAUUCGUCACAAAAUUGAAGGCUCCUCUCAAAGCUCCCAAUACUACUAUUGCUAUUCCCUCGAAUCUCACUCGUAUGGGCCUCUCCACUCUCGUCAACACUCUUCUUCAAUCCGCCGCUUCUGGAGAGGAAGCUGCUGAAUGGAAACACGAGGCUUUCGAUUUCUUAAUUCAAGGCGAGCUGGUCCGUAUGUCGCUUGGACAGUUUCUGCUUGCCAAAGGCAUCACUGCUGAGAAAGUAUUAGAGAUUGAAUACAUUAAAGCUGUAAUCCCGCGAAAAGAAGAAGAGCCUUCUGUACAUGAUGAUUGGGUUAGUGCGGUUGAUGGUUCUAAUCCUGGGUUUAUUUUGACAGGAUGCUAUGAUGCUUUGGGAAGGGUAUGGAAAGGUGCUGGUAUAUGCACGCAUAUUUUAGAGGGACACAAUGAUGCAAUCACUUCAGUUAGUAUUAUCAAAUCUAAAGGUGCUAGAAGUAGCAAUGAUACUCUUGUAGCGACUGCUUCCAAAGAUAAGUCCAUAAGAUUGUGGAAGUUUGAUGCAGAAGAUACUCUGGAUCGUCCCAUGACUAUUAGAUCGUUUAGAACAUUGCGUGGACAUAAUGCGUCUGUUCAAACAAUUGCAGGACAAGCAUCAGGAGAUAUGAUGUGCUCUGGUUCGUGGGACUGUACAAUCAACUUAUGGCAAACUAAGGCCUCUGAAGCAGGAGGUGAUUUGGUCUCUGUUAAGAAGAGGAAAACAGGUGGUGAAAAUGAGGAAUCUCAGUCAGAGGGGGAAGCUGUUUCUUCAUUUGUGGGACAUACACAAUGUGUGUCAUCAGUUGUUUGGCCAGAAUAUGGUACAAUAUAUUCAGCAUCUUGGGAUCAUUCUAUUAGAAGAUGGGACGUUGAAACAGGAAAAGAUACUUCAAACAUGUUUUGUGGGAAGGUCAUCAACAGCAUUGAUGUUGGAGGUGAAGGUUCUGCACUUAUAGCUGCUGGUGGCUCUGAUCCGGUCCUUAGGAUCUGGGAUCCUCGCAAACCAGGAACCUUGGCUCCUGUCUUUCAAUUUUCGUCACACUCGUCUUGGAUAUCUACUUGUAAGUGGCAUGACAAGUCGUGGUUUCAUUUGCUUUCUGCAUCCUAUGAUGGGAAGUUAAUGUUGUGGGAUCUAAGAACUGCGUGGCCACUGGCUGUCAUUGAUUCACAUGAGGAUAAGGUGUUAUGUGCUGACUGGUGGAAAGGUGAUUGUGUAGUAAGUGGUGGGGUAGACUCGAAGCUCCGAGUUUCUUCUGAAAUUUCUGUGCAGUAACGAAGGCAAAAUCACAGGUACAAAGAAGAAUUAAGACUUUUGGUCAAAACCAAUGUGGAGGCUACAAAGUCUCGGCUCAGCUUAUUCAGGCGUGAGGGGGUCAGAGCUAGAGCCUAGAGCUACGCAAGUGCCUGGUUGUUUGUGUUGAAUUUAAUUUGUCAUUAUAAGAUAUAUUACAAGUUCUCUUUUUCCAAAUUUAAUUAGGCACAUUUUGUUUUAUCGUGAAUUUGUAUAAUUACAAUUGAGAUACAGAAGAUGUCUGAUAUAUGCUAAUUUAUUUGAGUGA